AUGUCAUUAUUAUCAAAAUUUACAUCCAUCUUUGGUUCUAAUUAUAAUACAUAGACCUCCGAUACUCCCUUAAAUUAAUAACUAUAAGAAGUGCUUUCAUAAAUACUAAAGACCAAUACUAAAAUAGAUUUAAAGCAAAAGGCAGAGCUUCUAGCCUAAUUUCUAUUGGAAAAAGAAGGUAAAUUGCAACUUUUACUAUUUUAGAACAUAUUGAUUAUUUGUUCUCUUUUUUACAAACUACAUCUAAAGAUCUCAAUUCAUUAUCAGUUGUUCAUUUACUAUCAGUAAUCCAUUAACAAUUUUAAUACAAUGAAUUAAUUUAAGAUGUUGCUAUAAAAUUAAGAGAAACUAAAAUGCCAUGGAUUCAAUUAGAAAAACAUGAAUGGCAAUCUACAAAAACAGAACCUGAUUUACCAAAGAAAUAGCAAUCUCAAAUCAUACUUACUGAAUUUGAAGACUCAUCUCGUCCAGCAGCUAUAUAUGCUCAAUUAUGUUAUGUUUAUUUAUAAAGAUUGGCAGCCAAUAUUGAUUUAUAUAGAGCUGUUUCAAAAUUUAUGUAUCCAUAUGUUAGUGAUAAAGACUAAAUAGAACCUAAACUUAUGUUUUUAUGGCAUUAUAAAAUUUAAAACUUAAUAAAUUCAGGCUUAAUAUUAUUGUAAUAUGAUUAAGAUCUAGUAGAAAUAUAAACUGCUCUUUAUUAAGAUGUCUGGAAAUUUUAAGAAUUUAUAUGCACUGAAAUUGAAAAAAUUAUUGAUUAAUAUGUGACACUCCCAAGUAGUGAUACUUUAUCUCUUUAUGAAAUAUAUUAAGAAAGUACAAAACAUUAUGAAAUACUCUUAAAAUUUCAUCAAUUUACAUCAGCAACAACUGCAGCUCCUCGCGAAUGUCAUUUUAAUAAUGUUAAUUUAUAGGAAUUUUUGGGUUUUGUUUCUAAAUUAAAAUUAUUGAAUUUGCCUAACUUUAAAAAGAAAAUUAAAGUUCCUAAUAAAGGUGAUCCAGGAAUGGGUGUUCCAACUAGAAAUCCUAAAGUAAAAUUCUUAUUUAUAAUUAGAUCAGACAUUUACAACAUUAAAGUAAUCAAUUCCUUGUAAAUGAUACAGACAGUAGUGAUUCUGACAAUGUUGCAGAUAUAAAUCCAUAAAUAAUCUAAAAAAUCAAGAAUAAAACAGUCCAUUUAAGGGGAGAAAGUACUUUUCAAUAAAAAUAUAAAUGA